AUGCCCUCGGACAAGCAAUUCUACUACGCCAAGUAUCGGGACUUACUGCCUGAGAUCAAGUACUACAUGCGGCUUAAACUCACUCCCUUGGUAUACAUUCACGAGCACUAUGUACGCCAGCAGCUCUGUCGGGCGCUAGCUCGUUGGACGUGCCAUGCCCAACUCGACGACAUGGCAGCCCGUCAGCGCGAACUUUCGACGCGAUUGGAGAAGAUUGGCGUGUGGCUUAUUCAGAGCCAAGUGUCCGGCCAGUUUGCGCUAGCCUGUCGCCACCUCUGUCGCAUCCAUCGAUUCCGCGCGCUUGCCACCGGAUUCCUUCGGUGGAAGCAGCAAGUUGUGCAAUACGCUCUCAUUGUAGCCCGCGCUCCCAUGUACAUGGACUGGAUUUUAACACCUCAACCCAAAGAUCGACCAGCCAUCGCGUUGCUGCAGCUCAAAGGGCGUGGUCUUGUCCAACUGCAGAGAAAACAUUUGAUUCAACACCAACGACGUCAGUUUCGACGGUGGCGGCAGGCAACGCUGGGCCAUCGUUGGCUGCACAAGCGCUUAAGCGAAUGGAAGGAGCGAUUGCGCCUUCACCGGUGGCGCGAAUGGGUGCGCGUGCAGCGCCAAGUGAAAGCCCGGCACACACAAAUCGAGGUGCACUUGGAGGCUUUCCGAACACGGCGCUGCAUACACACGUGGGCGCGCAUUCGAUACGAUGCUCACGUCGACCGAGUCUUGCAAUCCGUGAGCAACGUGGGAUGCCGUCGAACGACCAAGUUGGCCGUUUUCAUUCGGACAAAACGUGCCACCAUUUUGUCCGUCGUGCGACGAAUGCAAGUGUGCUCGGUGCGACAAGGGUUUCUGCAGUGGCGACUGCAUUCCGUCACGGUAUCUCACCAAACCCAACUUGCCCGCGUCGAAGCUGAUGCGGGUCGAGUGUACGGCGCCAAAGCUACCAUCAGAAUGUGGCAACUCGCACUUCUUAAACGCAAGCGGCGAGCCUUCCACCACCUCCGCGCUGUCAAGCUUCACACCAAGCAAGGAGAUGCACAUCGGGAUCGCAUGCUGCUGUGGGCAAGUUGGGCGCAGUGGCGGCAGUAUCGUCAUGUGGCGGAGCUCGAACGCCGCAACAGCGCCCACGACCUGAAGUGGACGAAUUUUCAACGGCUCCACGUGUGGUUCCGAAAGUGGACUCGCCUGCGCGUCGUGACCAAGGACAUUCAAGCGCGCGUAUUGCGCCAAUGGCGACUGCAUCUCCACCACCGCAACGUCCAAACUUCGCAUCAAGUCGCAAGACGACGCUGCGGCCAUUCGUUUCAACAGUGGACGCGUUGGGUGCACGGCCAACGGAGGCAGCGCCUGGUCGAAUUGGGUGUGGUCUGCGGCGUCAACGUCGACGUGAAUCGCCGCACGAUGCAGUGGCUUGCCACACGGCACUGCUUUGCCACGUGGAAAUCGCAAGGACAAGUGUCCGAGGGCUUGAUGCACCGCAUGUGGGGCCACCACGCCCGUCGAUUUCUUCGCCAGUCGUUGUUUCAACGGUGGAAGCAGGCGACCAUGGCGGCUCGACAACGGGCGCUGGUGGAGGACGGAGCGUCGAUGCAAAAGCUCGUUUCGGCCGUGACCCACCGCGUCCAACGGCACGCGAGCCGUGACAAGUGUCGACACCUUUUCCAAGUGUGGCGGACGGCCGCCAUCGAUCGACGCAACGCAAAUCGCGUGCUUCAACGCGUCAUCACGACGCUGCGCUCGGGCAAUUUGGUUCGGUCGUUUUCCCACUGGAGAUCGUGGACCAAGCGAUCGACCGCCUGCCUCCGGUUGUUUGCCAUGGCCAUGCAACGCACCAUGUUGUCGGUGUUUCGCGUGUGGUGCGCCAAAAUUGACUUGCAAAAGCAACUGCGCGUCGUCGCGGCGCGGUGGACCCACCAGUCGACGACGACAUGCCUGUGGAAUGUGUGGCGGCCGUGGGCUGUCCGAGCUCGGAUGCGCCAGCACCUCGCACGGCAAUGCAAGCGGCUGCGCAACCAAACCCAACAACGCGUUGCGCACAACCAGUGGACCGUGUGGCGGUCCGCGUUUGUGGCCAUCGCUCGACAGCACGAGACACAUCGCCACGUUUUGCGGGCCGCGUGGAGCGCAUGGACGUACCGUCUCCACGAAUACAGCGCUCAACGACGCCUCCUCCAUCGCUUGACUACAAACUUGUACGUUUCACGGCUGCGGCGCGCCAUGCAGAUCUGGAUGCACACAUUGCUGUUUCACGUCGCCGCAGCCGAGACACGCCUCUUGGAAACCCGCCUGACGGAGGUAUGGCACGAUAUUCGACAACCACCUGACAAGCUAGCUCGUCGUCACCGCCAGCGAGACCAUCGAGUGCGGGAGUUGCUGACGGACCAAGCCACGCGAUGUCGGCAACUCGAGCAACUCGUGGCCGAUCGGCACACCAUGAUGCAAUUGGUCGACGAGAGCCGACACAAGCUGCACCAGUUCAAGCGCGUGCUCACGGAAAACCAAGUUUGUGUGGAGUACGUGGGUGGAGGACGAGCUAAUGGCUCGGCGCCGCAGGAGUUGAAGCGCGUCGUCGACCAGACCAGUCGGUUGGAAAACCAAAUCGAGCAGCUUCGGGGUGUGUUGGGCAUGCUGUCGUCGGUUCGAGCGUCGCACGGAAUGUGUAGGGCAAUGCCGCCUGUCGGAACGCAUGCUCGCACAAGUCGAAGCGGAAAACGAACGGCUACGAGCCGAGAGAGAGCGCCACGACAUCGCGACGCACGUGCGGUUGAGUGAGCUGUCGAUGCAAUUGGCCGAGGCCCGCGAAGUGUGUGUUCGACUGAAAGACCUUGAAUUGUACAAUCGGCAGCUCGAGGAGCGAUUGCAAGCUCAGGAAGAAGCGCAGAAGCGUUCGUUCGUCGCGCACGGUGGCGCUGCGGCGCCGUUUGAACCGUGACGGGUCGACCACGAAAACCUUUGAUUUCGCAUGUACACGUAAAUUCGAUAUCUUCCUAUGUGCAUGAGGACUGUGCAAUGCCCCGUCCGAAUCCUGUAAAAACGAA